CAGCAUAAAAAAAAAUCAUAAUUCCGGCCAUAAUUCUUAAAGUUUAAAUGCAAAUGUAGUGGACUAUAAAGUGAAGCGCAACUGAACUGCUUUGAACAAAUGCCUAUACUAGAGCCCCCCCCUCCCCAAAAAAAUAAUUUCGCUAAUUGUAGUUUGAUUCCCAGUUUGAGCAUUUAAUUCAGUAAUUAUUCAUUUGUACCACCAGAGGGAGCCGGCGUACCAUGAGCGAUACCCCUACCACAACUGGAAGAACCUCUGGCCUUGAGUUUUUCAUUAUUGAGUUCAACUUUUCUUCAAGUGAUUCGUCUCUAAUGUGGGGGGGGGGCCGCUUGCUUUUCGUGCUUGAACUGCUUUGUUUUUGCGCAUGUGUGUGCCACCUUGAGGAGGAUCGGCAGGUUUCAUCUCUUAACUGGCGCUCCAUCGCAGAGGUGAAGGCAGACGCUCAAAUCAUUUCCCCUGGCUGCGCCACGCCGCCGUUUCUGGGUCACUCUUCAGCCCUCCGAGAGGCCCGGCGUCCACGAGCAGAGCAUGAAGAGAGAGGGAGAGAGAGAGCUGGGAAAGGUAUUUAUAGAAAAAUGGGGCUUCGCUGUACCUUUUUCUUGCAAAGAACCAUUUCCGAACUGGCUGUCCCACUUUUAUGAUCGUCAUCCACUCAGCGAGGCUGGAGUGAGCCCUCCGUCUCCUUAGUUGUGUUCUCAUUGCACGUUAGGACCGCCAUCGUGACCUUUUUGGGGGUGUAUGCGAUUUCUCAAGCAGGCAGAGCAUUUUUUUGGGAGAUCCAGGUUGAGAGUUGUCGUGAGGGUGUGUGUCGGUGGGCACUCCUCAACUGCAUCUGCUCCCCCCCAGGCCGCGGGGGGCUGAAGGGUAAGGCUGGCCGGGACGUGCCCCGCCGCGAGCCGGGCAAGGAUGAGGCGUUUCCUGAGCAGAAAGGGCCGCUUCUCCCUGCGCCAAAGCAAGUCUGGCACCCGAAGUGCUUCCAAAGAUUUCCUUCUUGGUCUUCCCGCUACCAAUCAGAACUGGCCCGAGGCUUUUGGGUUCCGACUGGGUGGCACGGGGCCCAGCUACAUCUUGUCAGUGGUGGAGGGCAGCAGCGCCUUCCUGGCGGGCCUGCAACCCGGCGACCAGGUGGUGGACAUCGAGGGCCAGGACGUGACUAACCUCAGCACCCCGGCACUGAUCGCGCUUGCUCAGACCCUCAAAACGGUGCCCCCCAGCAUUGGUGUGGUGUCACGAAUUGAACAGAUCGACAUCACUCCCAGCCCGGACGGCCGCUUCGGCUUCACCAUCGUGGGCGACAGCCCCCUGAUGGUGGAGGACUGCGUACCCAACGGCGCGGCCAGCCACAGCGGCCUCAAGGUCAGGGACUACGUCAUGGAGGUCAACGGCAUCCCGGUCAAGCAUCACGAGACGGCGGCGGCCAUGAUCAAAGCGGCGCAGGGUCGUCCGCUGCGUCUGGGCGUGCUGAGUAUGGCGCGGCGGCCCAAGCGCCUGAGCAGCAGCAUGAGGGUGGUCUCGCAGAGCGGGGACAGCGUCAGGGAGAGUCGAGCACACAAGGCCAUGGAGUUCAACAAGAAGGUGGAGGAAGUGCUGGGCGAGGAUCCAGAUGUGAAAGAGCAGCUGUUUGACGUGUUGAAGCAGUACGCCGCCGAGCGCCACGUCGAGAGUCUGGCCGAGGCCCUGCCGGACAUCCUCAUCACCGAGGAGCAUCAGCAGCUCAUUGCAAGUGUCAGGAUCUUCAUUCCCAAGAAGCACCGGGAGCGUUUCGACGAGGUGGUUUCCCAGAGCCUGAUGAGCCGUCUCAAGGGGCGGAGCUUCAGCAACCCGACCCGGAGCCACCUGCGCCGCAGCCGCAGCGAAGAUCACCCCGAACACCUGGUGGUCUCCACGCGCGCCAGUUCUGUGCCACGUACACACGCGGAGGAAAACUGCGCUCCCCCGUCCCGCGGCAUGCGCAAGACCACGUCUCUCGUAGCUGGACACUCCGGCACCUCCGCAACCAACUGCAGGACGGUGAGAGUGUGCAAAGGCAACAUGAGCUUUGGCUUCACUCUCAGGGGUCACGCUCCUGUGUGGAUCGACUCGGUCAUCCCCGGUAAAUCCAACAUCCAAUCAUACGCUUGUUUCCAGAUGCUUUACGGCGGCAUUCCCGCAGAGCGCGCUCGCUCCCCCGUGCUCAGCUCCCUGCAGUGGGUGGCCGAGAUCUUGCCACCCAGUAUCCGAGUCCACGGCCGCACCUUCGGCCAGCAGCUGGAGCACCUGCUGACCAUCCAGGAGAAGUACACCAUCUGCAAGGCUCUGGAGAACUUCUUCCAGCACAGGAAUGUUGACACACUGAUCGUGGACGUGUUCCCGGUGCUGGAUACGCCAGCCAAGCAGGUCAUCUGGCAAUUUGUUUACCAGUUGCUGACGUAUGAAGAACAAGAACACUGCCAGAACAAAAUCUCGCGCUUUCUUGGAUUCAAGGCACCAGAGGCCGAGGUUGCCCCUGAGCCCCAUCGCCGCAGCAGCUCCAUGAGGGUGACGGGCACCACGUACAGGAGCAGUGUGAGGGGGCGGAGCUCUGAUGACCUGCUCAUUGGCACACACUUGAGCAUGGGCUUCCGUGCAGACUCGCUACUGGAGGCAGGAAUGAGGUUGGCUCCAGGAGAAAGACAGUCAGGGGAUGGAACCUCUCUUCCAGAGACUCCCAACAACCUCACAAAUCUAUCAGCCGUGUACGCCGAACUGGAGAACAUGUACGCGGCCAAGAGAUCCAAAUCCCUGAAGACUCGCCCUCCUCCCGCCCCCGAGACUUUGGUGGAUCUGGACCCUCCCACCCGCACAGGUAGUCGUAAAGCCCUCCCGUCUGCGAUAACCUGGCCAGAGCCUCUUCCGAGCCCCCCCACUUCCCAAUUCUACCCCUCAGGCCCGACGAGCCAGAACAGCGGGGAGUCCAACCCCUACGUUAGCCUGGACAGCCCACCGCCCUCGCCGCCGGAGCUCAUCGACUUUCCCUCGAGUCCGCCGCCGCACCGAAGCAGCAAACGUCGCUAUACUUUCUCAAAGCCACCGCGGUCUGACGACACCGACCGCUUUCUGGACGCGCUGAGUGAGCAGCUGGGCCAGCGAGUGGCAAUCGUUGAUGACUUUCUUACUCCCGAAAACGACUAUGAAGAGGAGGUUGUGCAGAUAGCGUUCCCAGAUGAUGAUGAUGAGGAUGAGGAGGAGGAAGAUAACGACGGAGACUUAGGCGUGGACGAAGAAGAAAACGGCGGAUUUGUGGGUCCUGAGCUGAGCAGUCCGAGCGACAUCCAAAGCAGCAGCGGGGACGAUAAUGCGUCCUCCCUCACCUAUUCCUCCUCUUCUGACCACAUCCCUCCGCCCCCCAUGACGCCUCCUCCACCUCCGCCCGUUCAGUUCACGACACGCCGGCUCCUCCAGCCGCACCUGCGCCGUCUCAACCGGCACCGCGCCAACAACAGCAACAGCAGCAGCCGAGUUACACCCCUGAACACUCACCAAGAGCUUACGUGUCCAUCCGGCGGAAAUCCGGCCCCCCCCCCCCCCCCCCCCCCCCCCCCCCACCCGCCACCAAAACGACACUCCUUGCACAAAGUGCUGCCUUCAAAAGAGGAGCUGCAGGUCCAGGCUGCCAUACAAGAGCUAAAGGCCUAUCAAGAGCAGCAAUCGUGCGAGGAGCAACAAGCGUAUCGAGAGAGGCAAGCGUAUGAAGAGCUGAAGGCCUUUGAGAAACAGCAGGCCUUCCAGGAGCGCCAUUCGUAUCAGGAGCAAAUCUUCAAGGAGAGACAAGCCUAUGAGGAGCAGAAGGCGUUGGAGGAACUGAAAGCAUUUGAGGAGCAAAUAUUGCAGGAGCAACAAGCCUUCCAGGAGCAAAAAGCUUACGAGGACCAAGUCAUGCAACGUAUCUACCAGAGCCACCACUCGAUGCCUGCCCAGCCCACCCAGCACAACAUCCACUCGCCAUUACCACUCCAGCAACUACACCAGUCUUUACCUCCGCUACCUGCACCAGAAUCCGCCAACCACCACUCUCGCCAUCCUCUUCAUAUGAUGCGGCAAGCGCCGCAGCACCAGGCCCACCCGGGGCACCACCACCGACGCCUGUCCCGGUCGGCCCCGCCUCCGCAUCACCCACCUCCUCUACCCACGGCCAACCCGAGUCAGCAAUAUCCCGAGGGCGUUUGCCAAAGCCACCAAAGCCUCAGGGCCCAGCCCCACCACUCCUCGGCCGAGAUGCUCCACCAGUUGCAACAAGCGCAGAUCCACCCGGCGCCGGCGGAGAUGUUGCAGCAAAUGCAACAACCCAGCAGCCACUACUCGUCUGCGGAAAUCUUCCACCACCAGCCCAAGAUCCAUCCCUCCUCGACGGAACUCCUCCAUCAAGCUCACCAGAGGAUGCAGAGGCAGCCUCACCACUCCUCCACGGAACUUCUCCAUCAAGCCCACCAAAUGCACCGGGGGCAGCCCCACCAUGUGUCCAACGAGCUGCCCCAUCAGUUACACCAAACUCAACCCCACCAUUCCUCCAUGGAGCUACUCCACCAGUCCCAUCAGAUGCACCAAGGCAAGCCCCAUCAUCACUCCUCCACGGAGCUUUUGCAUCAAGUCCAGAAAGAGCCUUCCCCCCAACUGCUUCAGAUGAACCGGGAGAGCCACUCGCAUCAGAGCCAAAGGAGUCUUAAAAGCCACCAUCAGACCCAAGCCUCACCGCAAGGCCAGACGAUCCACCAAACGCAUCAGCCCCAGCCCGUCAAGCCACACCCCCAGAGGCCCCAUUCAAUCCAGCAGACUCACCAGCACUCCAGCACCCCUCACAUCCACCACAUCCACCACAUGACCCCGCAACCUCCGCCGCAGGACUACCAGCACCAGAUUCACGUAAUCCAUCCGCCGCAGCAACCCCACAGGUCCCACCAACUCCUAUCGACAUUCCAACCACUCCAGCCCACGCUCUCCACGUUCCAGCCCCUCCCCCAGCAUAGCCAAAACCAGUCGGCCCCACAAACGACUCGUCCUCAUUCCCAACCGUCCCACCACCUGAUGCAGUCCCAACACCAGCUCCAAAGCCAGUCCCAGCUCAAACAGGCGCAGAGCCAAACUCAACCCCAGUCGCUCCCCCACUCUCUAUCUGACCCCACCGAGCAUCUGGAGCCUCACCCACCACCGCCACCCCCUCUGCCUCCCCCGUGUUCCCCUCCACCCUUACCCAGGCCCACCCUCUCCAGAAUGGACUCCCAUCACAUGAGUGUCAAGAGGCUGCGGUGGGAGCAGGUGGAGAACUCUGAAGGCACCAUCUGGGGCCAGUUGGGUGCAAAUUCUGACCAUGAGAAACUACAUGACAUGGUGAAGUAUUUGGACCUGGAGAUGCACUUUGGAACACAGAAAGGUUCUCUGCUUGCACCACUGCCGUUACCACAACUGGAAACAUUUAAGAAAAAAGAUGUCAUUGAAAUUCUGUCCCACAAGAAGGCCUACAAUGCAUCCAUCCUGAUAGCCCACCUGAAGCUGUCCCCCGGAGAGCUGCGUCAGGUACUGAUGAGCAUGAGCUCCGACAGGCUGGAGCCAUCGCACAUUAAGCAGCUGAUGCUAUACGCCCCUGAUGCAGAGGAGGUCAAAAAGUACCAAGAGUACAAGGAGGACCCCAGCAAACUCAGUGAGCCGGACCAGUUUGUACUGCAGAUGCUGUCAGUGCCUGAGUACAAGAGCCGUCUGGAGAGCCUCCUCUUCAAGUGCUCGCUGCAGGAGAAGACGGAAGAGCUGAGGGGAGCCUACGAAUGCAUUAGCAAGGCCUCCUCGGAGCUCAGGAGCAGCAAGAAGCUUGCAAAGAUUUUAGAGUUUGUGUUGGCCAUGGGGAACUACCUGAAUAACAGCCAGCCUAAAACCAACAAGACAACUGGCUUCAAGAUCAACUUCCUGACCGAGCUGAGCACAACGAAGACGGUGGAUGGGAAGUCGACAUUCCUGCACAUUCUGGUCAAGUCGUUGUGUCAUCACUUUCCCGAUGUGCUGGAUUUUUCCAAAGAUCUCACCAUGGUUCCUCUUGCAGCCAAAGUCAACCAAAGGACUAUCACAUCCGACGUGAAUGACCUCCACGGAACUAUCCAGAACAUCCGCUCGGCCUGUCAGAAAAUGCCCGCGACCUCUGAGGACCGCUUCGCCACCGUCAUGAGCACCUUUCUGGAAAACAGCCAUCCGGCCGUGCAGUCUCUGGAGUCCCUCCAGCAGAGCUCUCUGGAGGAGUUUUCUCGAACGGCCUCCUACUUCGGGGAAGACGGCAAAAGCACAAACACGGAGGCCUUCUUUGGCAUCUUUGCUGAAUUCAUCAACAAGUUUGAGUGGGUUCUCAGUGAUCAGCAGGCAGCCGAGAACCCGAAGAGCCCGAGAAGUCCUCGAAUGGCCUCCCCGCUUGCCUGGUAGCUCCUACAGAGAAGAAACAUGCACAUAUGCGCACACACACUAUAUGGGUAAAGGUAUGGCCGGCGACAACAUACGGCUUGCUCUGUUCCUUUACUCGGCCCAACGAGCAUUUACAUCAUCAAGAGUUUUGCGCAGUUUUUCCCAAAAUUGGUUAAAGACCCCGUGAAGUAAAUUAAAGGUUUUUUUUUUAAAUACAUUGCACAAGUUGCUGAAAAUGUGCCAAGACUGUGUACUAUGUAGUACUCAGAUAUAGAGAUACUGUUGAGUUUUUCACCAUUUCAGUUUUCUUUGGCUAAAAUGGCACCCGGUGACGCACUUGGUGUUGGCAUGAGCCCCCCCCCAGCCCCCGCUCAAACUAUAGGAAUUGAGCACUUUCAUUUGCUCCGGUGCUUAUCCGACACUAUUGCGAGUUAUUUAUUAUUACUAGGCGCAUUACUACCGCUACAGCGUGCACUUACCUAGCUAGCUAGCUAGCUAUUAUCAUCACACCCUGAAAAUGCAUCUUUCCCGCAUGCCACAAAGUACAGAACAGCUCGUGUCGUUUUUCAAAUUCCCAAGCGAGGAGGUAAGGCCGCGGACGAGCCCGUUGCGCAUCCAUCAGCCGAGCGGGGCCCCGGGAAACCUGUUAGCCGGCAAGCUAGCUGGUGUCUAGCGUCUCUCAUAUCCCGGCACUGAAAACUUUGAGCGGAUGCAUUUCCACAGCUCAUCCAUCUAGAGAUGUGUAAGCAUUAAAAAAAAAAUACUUUAAAAAGUCUAUUGCAUUUUUCAACUGACAAGAGUUUGAUUUGUGACUGUUUUCAAACUUAUUUUGAAUACUUGCCAAUUCUUUUAGUCGUUCCAAUUUGGAAGUGCGGUUAGCAGCAGUCACUUCUGUGGUGUUUCAAAUGUGAAAUACUUUUUUUUUUCACUCUACAGGGACUUGUAUUCAAAUUUGGCACUUGAGAUACUAUUUCCUUUUUUCCAUCGACAUCUCAUAAUCUGGCUCCCGGUUUGUUUAAAAUAUCCAAUGUGGCCCUCGGACACAAACGUUUGCGCACCCCUGUUAUAAGUACUCACUGGAUUUUGUUUUAGUACAGUGUACUUGGUUUUAUUCUUACCCCACAGAGACAAUAACCCUCAUCAACACCCAUAAUUGAACAAUGUUACGUAUAAUGGUCGUAAUUUGGAGUAAGAUUAUGAAGAUGCGGCCCGGUGGUCCAGCGGUUAGCGCGUCGACCCCACAGUGCAGAGGUAAAGGGUUCAAUUCCGGCUCCGGC